AUGGAGGUAUUGAUGCACGAGGCGAGCAAUCGACGAGAAAAUGGCGCGGAUGCGCCGGUCUGUAUAGUCGACCCCAAAUCCACGUUUAAUGAGAGGCGAGAAGACGUCGACAUGCCGACGUCCAACGUCGAGUUCAACAGUGACCGCGAGUCGGUCGACAUCAUUUUUGAGAACAUUACCUACACCGUCAACCUUGGCUUUAGAAAGGGGCAAAAGGAAAUCUUGCAUGGGAUUAACGGCAGGCUGCCUAAUACUCAGUUGAUCGCUUUGAUGGGGCCAUCCGGCGCUGGAAAGUCCACAUUGCUUGACAUUCUGUCUGGUUACCGCACAACCGGAGUAGAUGGUAUUAUAUACAUCAACGGUCGCGUCCGGCAUCUCGAUACCUUCCGGAAAUGCAGCGCAUACAUCACGCAGGACGAUCGAUUAGAACCCCUGCUUACCGUGAUCGAGAACAUGAGGGUCGCCGCGGAUUUAAAGCUGCCGCCGAGCACGCCACGACACAAGAAGGAGAUGAUCAUUGAAGACAUUCUCUCGACGCUGGGGUUGUACGAACACAUAUUCACGAGGUCCGGUCGAUUAAGCGGUGGGCAAAAGAAGCGGCUGUCCAUUGCACUUGAGUUGGUUAAUAAUCCCACCGUGAUGUUUCUUGAUGAACCCACUACAGGUCUGGAUAGUUCGUCUUGUAUGCAAGUUGUAAACUUGCUAAAAAUAUUAGCACGACAAGGGAGAACAAUAGUUUGCACUAUCCAUCAGCCCAGUGCGUCCUUGUUUCAAUUGUUCGACCAGGUAUAUGUACUCACAAAGGGAGAUUGUAUAUAUCAAGGAGCGACAGACAAGCUCGUGCCAUAUCUGGAAGGUAUGAAAUUACCGUGUCCUAUGUAUCACAAUCCUGCCGAUUACAUAAUCGAACUUGCCUGUGGCGAGUACGGUGAUGAUAAAAUCGAUACGUUGAUAAUGGGAUCGCAAAAUGGACGAAAUUUACAGUGGUUCGACAAUCCAGAAGUCUUGAGGGAUGCUAAAACCUUAAGAGCGGUACAUCCUCUGAAAGAUGAAAUGAACGAUAACAACUUACACGCGACAAAUUUUGCUCAUCAAAUCAAGAUCUUGUUAAGAAGAGGCUAUAUCAUGGCUAAACGAGAUACGACUCUGACGCACUUGCGUAUUGGUGUUAACGUACUCGUGGGAAUAAUGCUGGGCUGCGUUUUCAUACGAUCCGGCGCCGAUGGCUCCCGCGUGCUGGACAACUACAAUUUGCUCUUUUCCAUUUUGAUACAUCAUAUGAUGACGACGAUGAUGCUCACAAUAGUGACCUUUCCUAUGCAGAUGUCCAUCCUUUUGAAGGAGCAUUUUAAUAGAUGGUACAGCCUGAAAGCGUACUACACGGCGACAACGUUAAUUGACAUACCAAUUUCGAUAAUGUGCUGUUUAUUGUUCUCACUAAUUAUCUAUUUCAUGUCGGCGCAACCGUUGGAGAUCAUUCGAUUUUCCAUGUUUACGGCCAUUAGUCUGCUAAUUAUGUUUAUAGGACAAGGUACCGGCCUAAUGAUAGGCGCUGUGUUUAAUGUCGUGAAUGGAACGUUUAUGGGGCCAACAUUGGCAGUUCCGUUAAUGAUGUUUGCUGGAUUCGGAGUAUCAUUGCGCGAUUUGCCAAGCUAUCUUAAAUGGGGCACCUAUCUUAGUUAUUUAAGAUACGGCUUAGAAGGAUAUGUCGGAGCCAUCUAUGGACUGGACAGACCUAUUUUAGACUGUAAAGAAAAGGGCGAGUUUUAUUGUCAUUAUAAAUAUCCUUCGAAAUUUCUCUCGGACAUCGCCAUGGAGGGUGACCAAUUCUGGAAUGAUAUUAUUGCACUAACUACAAUACUAUUCAUUACACGAUGCGGCGCAUAUUUACUUUUACGAUGGAAAGUCGUGUCAUACCGAUAAUACCAAUACGGCUGGAUCUUUGGAAUUCGGUUUUUUAAUAUUUUAACUACGUAUUUAAGUGGCUAGAAGACUUAAGUACGUACUCUUGAUCUUUUAACUUGUAAUAUUUUGCUUGAAGCCGCACUUGCCGAACGUGCAAUUUUCGAAAUAUAACAAUAUUUCGAAAUACCGGAAUAAUAUCGGGAAAUGUUAGAAACGGUGGGAUAAACACUUAUUUCUAUAUAGUCAUCAUUUGCGUUUUGAUUGUAUACUUUUAUUUAAAAAUUAUCCGAAUCGAUAUCUAUAUAUAGCGGAAAAAGAGUGCCAUGAAUGAUAAGCGCUCGUAUAUACUCUGUAUAUAAUUUUGAUAAAUUGUCCGAUUAUAAUUUCGUGAUAAUCGCAUGAACGAAUAAGACUAUGCAUAUGCUACGUGACAAAUGUACAUACAUACAUAUCUACGAGUUCACAUUAAUGGACAUCGAGAAUAUACAGCAAUAAGUAUACGGUAUAUUAAUUGUAGUAGAUACUACAGUUAAUCGUAUUUAUAAGUUUUAUACUUAAAUGUGAUACAUGAGAGAUGCUGUGUAAGGAAUCCUACGUGAUAAUGUAUGCGUUGUGCGUCAACGCCAUAAAUUAGUAAAACAUUUCUGUCGAAACGUACACUACUUGAACUUAUAUCGGAUUGUGUUUCAACAUAAUUGCCUCUAUCACAGUCUUGACGAUUUUAUUUUAUCAAGAUUUUUGAUAAACAAACAUGUCGAAUCAAAAAGCGUGGAUUACAUCAGUCCUUCAAUAAGUGAUAUAAAUUGCAAGCCUUGAGUGACUGAUUUAGUAUUGUCUAUCAAGAAAUAAUAUAAUCUCUAAAAAUUAUCAAUAAAAUGUCAAACUGCUGAUUGUUGAAAUAAUAAACAUGUUAUAAAACAAUUAAUCUUUCAAAAAUUGAUAAUCAGCAGGAAAGAUCUUUCAAAUUUAUUACGUGUUCUUUAUAUAUCAUCAUUAUUAUUACCGUUAUUAUAACACCGUUUUUAUUACAAUGUUACUAUAGUUUUAUAUUAAUGGACAUUUAUAUUCUUGUGUCAUUUAGAUAAGAAAAUAGUUACAUGGAAAUUUUAGGCUACUUAUUUGACAAUCUCGUCGACUUCAUUAAGUAGACACAUUGAUUAUUCGCUAUAUUCUAAGAUAACACUAAGAUAUUUUACUCUAUUAUACUGUCCUUUUAAUUUAUUUUAUAUUAUGUAAUAAUAUAAUUUUUACAUUAUCAUUGCAUCAAUUAAUCACUAGGGAUCAGUAGGAAAAUAAAUUUUAUUAUUCAGUUUGUUA